CUCAAAAAACCACUAUUAAACAAUGGCUCAAUUUAAGCACUGGCGGAGUUCAUACGGCCGCUUACCAUACGAAAUUUCACGUAAACGGGCACCACGUGAAGAAGUAGAUGAUGGGCGAUAUCCUUUAGAGAAAAUCAAAGGUUCAUUAUUAGAUUUAACCGUUGGUGAUGAUUAGGUGCUCACGCUGAAUUUCGAUCUUACGCUGUUCUACGACAAAAUCCGGUUGCAGGACUUGUUGGCGGUGGUAUUUGGGAUAUAGAAGCUAGAAAGUGGACAGAUGAUACGUCAAUGGCACUAUGUUUAGCUGCUAGUCUUAUUGCAUAA